AUGGAUAGAGUGAUGGCAAUAUAUAAAAAGGUAGUUGGACCUGCACAAAUCCAAAUAAACUCAAUCGAUAAUUGCCCGCAAGAUACAACUCUCAAUGGAAUAAAUAUGCAACUUAAGUUAGAUGAACAAGGCAAAAGUGUCAGUGGAAAUGUGACCCUUACAUCAGAUUUUGAUGCAAAAGUGAAAAUUAAUUUAAGACAAAUAUCAAACCAGCCAAUAAUCACGUAUCUAAACCAGAAAGGCUUCUGCAAGUUAGCUGAUGAUUUUCUUGAUGACCACGCUUACACUAAAUUAUUUUCUGAUGAAGAUGCAGAGGUAGAGAGUAUUUGUCCAAUCCCAAAAGGCAGCUAUUUUAUUAAAGAACUAAGAACUGAUUUUGCAGUAUGGCGAGUACGCUAUGGAAUGUUGGGAUAUAAGAAGUAUCAGCUGGAACUUGUAAGAGAAGGUCAAUUGUUGCUGUGUCUGAAAUUGGGUGUUAAGGUUACUCUAAAAAGUUUAACCGAAUAUGACGAGUACCGAAAUAUUAAUAAGCAAUAA